AGUGUUUGGGGGGCCGCGAAAAUCAGGACAAAACAAAGAAAGCGGUUCUUCAUGGAAUGCAUAAUUCAUGUACGGAACUCCCCGCCACACGAGGUGGCGACUGCCACUAGCUUGGACGGCUGAAAAGGGGGAUUAAGAAGAGCAGGAGAGCGAGGGAUCUCUCAGGGGUUAUUAGUCACGAGGGCUACAUGGAGACUGUCCCUGAAGAUCCCGGUGCCAAGGGCAGAUGAAGGCUCUUGCCCGCCUCAGGGCCUGCUCGUGAAUGCCCGCAGCCCUCUGCUAGCCCACUGCACAGAACAGGAGGCAGGACUAGGCGGGCCCACGUGAGUCUGAUUCAUCCGGGCCUUUCUUCCUUAGGCGCUUGUGGACUAGCUGCUUCGUGCAGCGUUUUGUCGCCCCGGCUCCCCGUUCCCACUUUCUCAAAGGAGGAAGGUGGGCGGUGGCUGUUGCGGGCCCAUCCUCCAGGGCCGCAAGCUUCCGGGCCUUCACAGAGCUCUUGGGCAGGCAAAUUCGCAGGGAGGGAGGACGCCCCAAAACGAAACAACUCCCAGACACAGGAAGCGGCCGAGAUCCAGGCGGCGGCGGCGGCGCGUCGCUUUGCCGAAGAGGCGUUCUGCUGCCGCCGCCGCCGCUUCUCCCUCUCCUGCUGCAGGAAGCGGCGGCGCCUCCUCUCCGGGCUGCUGCGCUGGGAUGCCUCGCCACAAGCCCCGCGCGGGGCUGCCGCUGCGGGGAACAGAAGCUCGCCAGCAGCCGGAGGAGGAGGAGGAAGAAGAGGAGGAGGCGGAGGCUGCUGCUGCCGCUGCUGCGAAAGGCGCCGACGGCCCCACGGAGGAGGGGGGCGAGGAGCCGGCGGUGCUUCCCCUCCAGCAGGGCUCUCCGCCGCCGCCGCUGCCGCCGCCGCCGGGUGAGAGGCCCUUCCCCUUCCCCACCUGGGAGGAGAGCUCGGGCGACGAGAACGUGCUGGUCAUCCACAGCCAGGUGGAGGAAGAGGAGUUCAAGUGCCUGGUCUGCGGGGAGAGCUUCGGCCAGCAGCUGAGCCUGCUGCGGCACCAGAAGCAGCAGCACGCGGGCGAGCGGGCCUUCGUGUGCCCCGAGUGUGGCCGGGGCUUCAGCCUCAAGCACAACCUGAUCAUCCACCAGAGGAUCCACACCGGGGAGAAGCCCUUUGGCUGCAGCCGCUGCGGCAAGCGCUUCAGCCUCAAGCAGAACCUCCUCACGCACCAGCGGGUGCACGGCGGGGAGGGGCCCUUCUCCUGCCCCGCCUGCGGCCAGGCCUUCCCCCAGCAGCGGCUGCUCCUGGCCCACCAGCGGGGCCAGGACUGCGGGGCGGCCGCCCCAGAGAAGCCGGCGGGCCCCGGCCACCAGCGGAUGCACACCCGGGGGAGGCCCCGUGCGGCGAGCGAGGGCGGGGGGAGCCUGGGGCAGAGGCCCCUCCGGGUGAAGCCCCAGGAGAAGCCCCUCCCGAACGGGGCCCUCUUUGCCUGCCGGGAGUGCGGAGAGGGCUUCCGCUGCAAGAGCGGCCUCGCCAGCCACCAAAGAACCCACCGAGGGGAGAGGCCGCCGCCGCCGCCUCCGAGCGCCGAGGAGGGCAAGAAGCGCUUCAGCCCCAGAGAGGGGCCCAGAGCCCCCAGCCAGAGACUCCUGGCGGGCGGGGCCCCUUUCCAGUGCCUGACCUGUGGCAAAGGCUUUUCCCAGAAAGGCAGCCUUGCCGCCCACCGGAGAAGCCACCUGGCGGGGGAGAUGCUCAGCUGAGGGGGCCAGCCGGAGGGCAGUGGAGAAGUUGGGGGGUCUGGAGAAGACGAUGGAUGCGUGGAGGAGGAGAGGAAAGCCAGCCGCCCCUGCCUGGGAAGUGGGAGCGCCGAUGGUUUGUGUGGGAGGCGGAGACUGGC